AUGUCUCUUGCUGUCCAGACAAUGAUGAGAAAUAACCAGGUUGACCCCAAAGAUUAUACUUUUUCCGGACUUAAAGAUGAAACUGUGGGUCGACUGCCUGGAAAAGUAGCAGGGCAACAAUUCAUCAUUCAAGACUGUGAGAACUGUAGUAUCUACAUAUUUGACCAUUCUGCUACAAUCACUAUUGAUGACUGUGUAAACUGCCAAAUCUUUUUAGGACCAAUCAAAGGCAGCGUGUUUUUCCGUGACUGCAAAGACUGUAAGUGCAUAGUGGCCUGCCAACAGUUUCGCACUCGGGACUGCAGAAAGCUGGAGGUUUUCUUGUGCUGUGCCACCCAGCCCAUUAUUGAGUCCUCCACAGGUAUGAAAUUUGGAUGUUUCCAGUACUACUAUCCUGAGCUUGCUUUACAAUUUAAAGACGCUGGGCUGAGUGUCUUCAAUAACACGUGGAGCAACAUUCAUGACUUUACCCCUGUGUCAGGAGAAAACAAUUGGGGCCUUUUGCCUGAGAAUGCUGUAGUCCAAGAUUAUGUCCCUCUGCCCAGCACCGAGGAGCUGAAGGCUGUCAGAAUUUCUACUGAAGCUUCAAGGAGCAUAAUACCAAUAACUCGAGGGCAGAGACAGAAAAGCAGUGAUGAAUCGUGUUUGGCUGUGUUUUUUGCUGGUGACUACACAACUGCAAAUGCCAGGAAGUUAAUUGAUGAGAUGAUGGGCAAAGGCUUUCAGCUGGUACAGACUAAAGAAGUCUUAAUGAAGGCAGAGGAUGCUCACAGAGUUUUCAAGCAGUGUGCAUCAGAAUUCAUACCACUGCUUGAAAAAGGCCCAGUGGUUGCUUUGGAGUUCAAUGGAGAUGGUGCUGUGGAAGGAUGUCGAAGCACUGUAAAUGAUGUAUUUAGUGGGACCAAGGUUUUUGUAUCGGAGAGCAAAGCAUCAGCAUCUCAAGAUGUAGACAAUUUCUACAACUUUGCUGACAUGCAGAUGGGAAUGUGAAGUUUAACAUGAAGGUGUUCACAUACGAUUCGUCUCAGCACUUGGAUGUCACUUGGCUUGAAUAUUGCAGUAGUAUCUGAGAAGUUUGGUAAUUUCUUUUUGUAUUUCUUAUAUAUCCAUUUUAUAAAGCUAUUG